AUGCCGCCAACCGCGUUUUCACCACCGCAGGCUGCCCCUAUGCGGCGGUGUCGGCCGGCUGUCAGUGGCACCACCGUGGUGUCAAGGGCACGGGGGCUGCGGGUGGUGGCCGAGGCGGUGCAGCAGCCUCCGGCGACAACCUCCUUCAACGGCAAUGGGAACGGCCACCAUGCCGCGCCCCAAAACGGCAACGGCGCAGUUGCUUUCAACGCCAACGGGAACGGCAAUGGAAGGGUGCCCGCCCACAGCAGCGGCAGCACCCCCCUCAAGGCCGCCCUGAACGGCAGCGGCGGCGACCGGCUCAACGGGAAUGGACGCGGCGGCGGGGGCGCGGCUGUCGUGCUCGAGGAGCAGGUGUCGGUCGAUGAGUCAGGGCUGCAGUACGAGGGGAUCGAGCUGGAGCCGCAGCGCAACCCGGGGCUGCUCGUCAGGGUGCGCGACAUGGUGAAGCACUUCAACACCGCCAAGGGCGUCUUCAAGGCGGUCCAGGGGGUGGACGUCAACAUUGAGCCCUCCUCGAUCUGCGCCCUCCUGGGGCCCAGCGGCAGCGGCAAGACGACGCUGCUGCGGCUGAUCGCGGGGCUGGAGGACCCGACGGGGGGCAGCAUCCUGUUUGAUGAUCUGGAUGCCACAAACCUGCCGGUCGGCAUGGUGUUCCAGAGCUAUGCGCUGUUCAACCACAUGACAGUGGCCGAAAAUGUCAAGUUCGGACUCGAGGUGCGGAAGCUGCCUGUGGACAUCAACAAGCGGGUGGCCGACCUGCUGGAGCUGGUGCAGCUCACAGGCCUGGGCGACCGCUUCCCCCGCCAGCUCAGCGGCGGCCAGCGCCAGCGCGUGGCGCUCGCUCGCGCGCUGGCGUCCAACCCGAAGCUGCUGCUGCUGGACGAGCCGUUUGGGGCGCUGGACGCGGUGGUGCGGAAGCAGCUGCGGGCGGGGCUCAAGGAGAUCGUCAGCACGACGGGCGCUUGGCAGGCGGCCGCCCAAGCUCGCGCCCAGCAAGGCGCAACAGAGGACGCCCCUUCCCUGCCCUGA